AUGCACAUGGCGAUCUCUAUGCAAUUCUCUCGUUUCUCGGUUCGGACGGAGCUAUCAUUACCGGAGAACAGAAUGUUCCGGAACCGGAAGUCUUCCCUUCUGCGAUGCUCCGCCGCAGGAGAAGCUGCUGCAUCUCCGUCGUCGUCCACUGUGGAGUCGGAGUUCGAUGCUAAGGUGUUCCGCCACAACUUGACAAGGAGCAAGAAUUACAAUCGCAAGGGGUUUGGUCACAAAGAGGAGACUCUCGAGCUCAUGAACAGCGAGUAUACUAGUGACAUUAUAAAGAAAUUGAAGGAGAAUGGGAAUGAGUACACAUGGGGAAAUGUAACAAUUAAGCUUGCAGAAUCUUAUGGAUUUUGUUGGGGGGUCGAGAGGGCAGUCCAGAUUGCUUACGAGGCGAGAAAACAAUUCCCAACUGAGAAGAUUUGGAUCACCAAUGAAAUUAUUCACAACCCCACUGUUAAUCAGCGGCUUGAAGAGAUGGAAGUUAAAAAUAUUCCCAUUGAGAAUGGGAAGAAACAAUUUGAUGCUGUUAACCUGCGUGAUGUCGUGGUUUUGCCUGCUUUUGGAGCUGCUGUGGAUGAGAUGUUAACUUUGAGUGAAAAGAAUGUGCAAAUAGUUGAUACAACAUGCCCAUGGGUAUCUAAGGUCUGGAAUACUGUUGAAAAGCACAAGAAGGGAGAGUAUACUUCAAUCAUUCACGGAAAAUAUUCUCAUGAAGAGACUGUAGCAACUGCUUCUUUUGCAGGGAAGUACAUCAUUGUGAAAAACAUGGCAGAGGCAACGUACGUGUGUGACUACAUUAUGGGUGGGGAGCUCGAUGGAUCCAGCUCGACCAAAGAGGCAUUUCUGGAGAAAUUCAAAUUUGCAGUCUCUGAGGGGUUUGAUCCAGACAUAGAUCUUGUAAAAGUUGGUAUUGCGAACCAAACAACCAUGUUGAAAGGGGAAACAGAGGAGAUUGGAAAAUUGGUUGAGAGAACACUGAUGCGCAAGUAUGGGGUGGAAAAUAUUAACAACCACUUCAUAAGUUUCAACACUAUUUGCGAUGCAACUCAAGAACGGCAAGAUGCCAUGUAUAAGCUGGUAGAUCAACAUAUGGAUCUCAUGCUAGUUGUUGGUGGGUGGAACUCGAGCAAUACUUCGCACCUACAAGAAAUAGCAGAGGCUCGUGGAAUUCCAUCAUAUUGGAUCGACAGUGAGAAGAGAAUAGGUCCUGGAAACAAAAUAAGUUACAAGUUGAUGCAUGGUGAGUUGGUUGAGAAAGAGAACUGGCUACCAGAUGGCCCUAUCACAAUAGGUGUAACAUCCGGUGCAUCCACCCCUGAUAAGGUUGUUGAAGAUGUCCUCGUCAAGGUUUUUGACAUCAAACAAGAAGAAAUAUUACAGUUAGCAUAG